AUGGCCAUUAUGAAAAUCAAGUUCAACAUGCAAAAACGGGUGAAGUUGGCCCAGGGCAUGUGGCUGCUGAACUGGUUCUGUGUGAUGGUGGGAAUCGUUAUCUUCGGAAUGGGCUUGUUCCUCAAGAUCGAGCUCAGGAAACGGAGCGAGCUGAUGGACAACGAGGAGAGCCACUUGGUGCCCAACCUCCUGAUCCUGGUGGGUCUCCUGGCCUGCGCCAUCAACUGCUGUGGGGGCAAGUUUUGCUACGACUCCCUCGAUCCGGCGAAGUACGCCCGAUGGAAAUCGGUGCUGAAGUUCUACCUGGCCUCCUGUUUAUUUUUCGCUUUCCUGACCUUCAUCGCCGUGGUGUUGUGCUUCCUGAUGAGGGUCUACCUGGAGGACACGCUGGCCAAAGGGCUGAAGAACGGCAUGAAAUUCUACCGGGAUACCGACACCCCGGGCAGGUGCUUCAUGAAGAAGACCAUCGACCAGCUGCAGAUAGAGUUCCGCUGCUGCGGAAACAACGGCUUCCGGGACUGGUUUGAAAUCCAGUGGAUCAGCAACAGAUACCUGGACUUCAGCUCCAAGGAGGUGAAAGACCGCGUAAAGAGCAAUGUUGAAGGGAGGUACCUGGUGGACGGGGUCCCAUUCAGUUGCUGCAAUCCGGCCUCCCCCCGACCCUGUAUCCAGCAGCAGAUCACCAAUAGCUCAGCCCAUUACAGCUACGACUUCCAGUCCGAAGAGUUGAACCUGUGGACACGAGGUUGCAAGCAGGCACUGCUCAACUACUACGUUAAUAUGAUGCACUCGAUGGGAGCUCUAGUCUUAUUUGGUUGGAUACUGGAGGUGACAGGGAUGGUUGGGAUGCAAUAUUUGCACACAGCCCUUGAUAGCAUUGCAAACCCUGAGGAUCCUGAGUGUGAAAGUGAAGGUUGGUUAAUGGAGAAAGGCCUAAAGGAAACAAUUAAAUCUCUGCUGGAAAGCGUUAAAGAGCUCGGUAAGUUUAAUCAAGUAGCUACCACAGCUGAAGAGGAGAAAAAACAAGAGGGUACGACUGUCGCCACAGUCAGCUGA